UCGUUGAGUGGAAGAUGAUCUGUACGUAGGCCAUCAUAAAUUAACAGUAACGAGCUCAUUACGACUAGCUUGAAGAUCAACUGCCGUGCUCGACUUCUUUUUUACAUUUUUUUUUUUUUUUAAAGAAAUGAUUUCUCGUUUACCCAAAAAUCUAUGAUAUUUCCCGAGCACUUGCGGAGUGGAAUCUAUGUGUAUAUGUAUUGACUACACCUCCUUAUGUUAGAGAGCACGUACUUUGGGAGUAUUAGAAUUAUUCUCCUCGUUUACUUGUUGUUUCAGUUUGCAUUUUUUUUUUUUUUAAUGUUUUUUCUCUCUUGUUGGGCCGUAAAGCUUCUUCUUUUUCUGAGUCUCUUCAACUUCAACUUCCACGCGCGCAAGAGUUUCUUUGAGAUUCAGAGGCUGUAGAAACCAAAAACCCAGAUAAGGAGGUUGAUAAACUUCGAAAUGGGUUUUGUGGUUGUUGUUCAAUUUGCGGUCAAAUAUUGUGUUGGUGUUUUUGCAUGGCCUCUCCUUGCUUUGGGGUAUCCUCUAUGUGCUUCUGUUUGGGCGAUUGAGAACAAUUCUAUUUCAGACACUAAGAAGUUGAAUGCUUAUUGGGUUGUUUUGUCUUUGAUUUUGCUUCUUGAACAUGCUUUGAAUCUCCUCAAGUGGCUAUUGCUGUGGCAACACAUCAGGCUAAUGAUUGUCUGUUGGCUAGUGAUCCCUCACUUUGAUGGUGCUUUGUACGUCUAUAUGCAUCUAAUUCGCCCAUGUCUCUGUACGGACCUGCAAAACGUUAUCAAUAAACGAAUGGAGUCCUUGUACGCAAAAGAUAACUUUUUAGCCGAGAUGGAGAAAUAUGUCAAAGAGAAUGGAUCUGAAGCUCUUGAGAAGAUCAUUGCUCUCAAGUCUGGUGGCACAAAUCAAAAUCUUGAUGUGAAGGAUAUCAAAGCAGCACCAUCUAUAGAGAAUAAAGAGGUGAAGCAGUUGAACUCUGAAAGGCCUAGUGUUACACAGAAAGAUAUCAGACCUGUAGAGGUUUUGGAGAAGAAUGAAGUGAAAGCUGCUAAGCAAGAUGGUGGAGUACAGCCAAAUGUCACUGGGGUUGAAUACAGAAAUUUUGCAGGUCCAGGGACUAAAAGACCGGUUCCUGACGUUGCAGGACGAAGGGAACUUCCACAGACACCUGCUUCUGGUAGAGACCAGAAAUGGACCUGUGAGAUAUGCCAUAUAACAUUGCAGAGUGUGUCUAAUUUGAAUUCCCAUCUCCAAGGGCAAAAACACCUGGCUGCUUGUGAGGCACUGAAAACCAAAAACCCGUCAUCACGCCUCAAGGUUGUCCUCAAUUUUGCAGGUCCAUCACUCCCCAAGGUUGUUCCCACUUUCAUUUCAAAAAAUUCCAAUGUGCCAAAUGUGGAGCCUCGAAAAAGUGGAUCGAAGAAAGGGCAUCCCGGUAAUGCUGAUGUUCGAGGCCAGCAACACAGAGUAAUCCUGCUUCAACUCCAAGGAAAUUGGCGCAAACUCAACAGCCAAAGAAGCCAAACAAAGAAAGCAUUGGGAUUAAUAGGAGCCCUCUAUGGUGCAGCAUUUGUAAUGUAAACUGCUCUAGUGAGACUGACAUGGUAUCUCAUCUUGGAGGCGGAAGGCACUUGGCUGCCCUUAAACAACUAUCUACUUAGUUCGAGUUCCUCAUCUGAGACUAACAAUGUCUCUAUCUCUUUCUCCCUCUCUAUAUAAGGCAAUUUAGGUCGUAUUAUUGUUUUCUACUUUUCAGACAUUGCUGUUCUCAUUCAGGAGUCAGGAUACACCCACUUUCACUCAAACGUAAUAUAGACUUUACUCAAGUGCCUAAUUAUUUAUU